GGUACAAGUAACAUUAAAAGACAGGGAGGAAAAAAUGCCGUUUGACAUUUACAAUAAAGAGUUUCAAAAUUGGUUAAAAGGUGUGUUUGGACUAAACACAACAAGAACUGCAUUAUGUGAAUGUAUUUCAGAUAAACUAGAUAACGUUUUAAGCAAUAAUUCAAAUGAGGAGCUAUAUCAAUAUUUUUUGUGUUUAAAAGCAAACAAUAUAUCACUGUUAAAUACGAAAUCAAAAGGUUCAACAGAUAAAAGAUGGGAAUGUGAACAUGAAAGUUGUAGGGACAUUAUGCGUUAUUUUAUUGACAACCAUAAACAAGGACAUAAAUUGAAAUACACAUGGGCGCCGCUAGGAAAGUCAGAAAAUCAUGGCACAGCAGGUGGUGGCUAUCAUUGCAAAGAGUUAAAGUGGAAUGUUAUCAAGCUAUAUAUGCACAUUGAAAACGAAGAUGUUAUGAAACAAUGUACCAGUUUAGACAAUCUCGAUAUCACGCAUGUUAUCAAAAUCAUGAGAAAUUGUAAACUUAUAUCUACGAAUGACUUAGAUGAACCAUUGGAUGAGGUUUUAGCAUCAAGAAAUAAGUUCAUGCACUCACCAGACAAUACGAUGACUGAUAGCGAAACUUCCAAUACAAUACAAUGUACAAGAAAGCUUCUGGAUUGCCUCGAUAUAGCCGAGAAAACGUAUUAUAAGAAUGCUGCGCAAGAACUGCAUGACCUUUCAGAGAACGAUUUUGUUUUAAGAUAUCAGUCAGAGGAAUGUAAAAGAAUCCUAGCAGAUGUGAAAGAUGCAAAACACCUUGCUGAUGAAUUAUAUAGUGCUAUUAAGGAGGACAAUCUAUCGGCCAAGAGUCAGAGUAAACGUUUACAAGAUACGCUUGAAAGAACAGCUGGCUUAUGGAGUACAAGUACAUCAAGCACAAAAUUGGAAAUGAAGCCCGUUGAUUCAAAGAAUAUCAAAAAGAAUUCCUUAGGCAAAAAAAAUUGA